UCUGCCUUUUCAUACUAUACCAUUAAAACCACCAUCUACAAAUUUUACAUACAUUGCUGGCCAGUAUCUUAUCACAUAUAUACAUUUUUGUUGCGAUAUAUAAAAAAGAUAUUAAAAAAAAAAACUUAUGCAUACAACCGCCAUCACGAUCACCAAAACUCAACAGAAUCCAGUAACCAUGAAAUCAUCAGAAAUCAAUAAAGAUUCUAGUUUAAUCACAACACCCCUUUUACCCAAGUCACAUGUCCCACAACAACCUCAAAAUGAGCUGACCAGCUCCAAUAAUAUUUAUGGGGCUGUUUUUAAUGUUUCAACUAGCAUGAUCGGUGCUGGGAUCAUGUCGAUCCCAGCAACGUUAAAAGUGCUGGGCAUUAUUCCGGGUUUCGUUGUGAUAAUGAUAAUGGCAUUUUUGGUUGAGGUUACUGUCGAGUUUUUGUUGAGAUAUACUAAUUAUACUGGUGAAGCAAGUACUUAUGGUGGUGUCAUGGCUGAAUCUUUUGGGAAGGUUGGCGCAGUUUCGCUUCAAAUAUGUGUCAUGGUUUCGAAUCUUGGAGCACUUAUUAUUUACUUGAUCAUCAUAGGGGAUGUUCUAUCAGGAGACCAAUCUGAUGAAGUACUACAUUCUGGCAUUUUACAAGAAUGUUUUGGAUUUCAUUGGUGGAAUUCUCGAGCUUAUUCCGUCUUGUUUGUUGUAAUCUUUGUUAUGCUUCCGCUUCUUUUACUCCCUAAAGUAGAGUCGUUAGGUCAUGCUUCAGCCGUAUCAAUUCUUUUGGCAGUUGUUUUUGUUGUUAUAAUUUCUGGGAUGGCGAUUUACGCCAUGUUGGAAGGCAAAACUCAAGAACUGAGACUUGUUCCAGAUUUCAGUGAUAGAUCUUCUUUUUUCAAUCUUUUCACAACCAUACCUGUCAUGGCCACUGCCCUUGCCUGCCAUGUUACCAUUCAUCCAGUGCGUGCAGAGCUUGAAAAGAAAUCAGAUAUGUACUCAGCUGUACGGAUUUCUUUAGUCUUAAGCGUAGUUAUCUACUUUGCAGUUGGAUUCGUAGGCUACCUUCUUUUUGGUGAUUCAAUCAUGGCCGAUAUGCUAGUCAACUUUGACCAGGCUUCUAAUUCACCCGGAGGACUAUUAGUCAAUGCACUUGUAAGACUAAGCUAUGCAUUACAUCUUAUGCUAGUUUUUCCAGUGAUUUUCUACACUCUACGGGCAAACAUGGAUGAAAUGAUUUUCUCACAAAAAUCCCUUCUAGCUAACGACACUAAAAGAUUCGUGUCACUCACAUGUCUACUACUAGCAUUCGUGUAUGUUGUGGCAGUUGUCAUCCCAAACAUUUGGUACUUCUUUCAGUUUAUGGGAUCAACCACUGUUGCGUGCAUUGCAUUCAUAUUCCCGGGUGCUAUUGUUUUAAGGGAUGUUCAUGGAAUUUCUACUAGGAAAGAUCAGAUAAUGGCGAUAUUGGUGGUGAUCUUGGCCGUGGUGACUAGUGUUAUAGCCAUCUCCACCAAUUUGUAUAGUUCCUUUGGGAAUACUUCAUAAUAUAAGGAAACGGAGGUGAUACUAUAAUCACAGAAGUUGAUAAAUUUAUCAACUUGUGUGUUAUCAAUAUCACUAAGAAAAAAGGAUUCAAGUUCAUGUGCUUUACUGAAUGAGAAAUGAUAAUUCACUUAUAUCUUAAUUUUUCAUGCAUUGUGAUAGGAUAUAUCUAAAUUAUCAUAUCAAUUGCUGUUACAUUAUUAUGUAUAUAAAUCUACUUAAUAAAGAUUUUAUAGCUGUUCAUAUUA